GCCAGAGUUCGCCAUUGACAACGACGCCUCCUCCUUCUCUGCCUCUCAAAACCCAGAGCUUCUGAAUCUGAACCGAUCGAUCGUGUAAUAAUUUGAUGGGGAGCUAUGGAGAUGAUGGUGGUGUGGAGCUCACCGAGCUGACGCUGGCGCCGCCGGGUGACAGGGCGCGGAGGGCGCGGCGGGCGAGGAAGAACGGCGGCGGCGAGCCGGCGUUCGUGAAGGUGAGCAUGGACGGCACGCCGUACCUGCGCAAGGUGGACGUGGCGUCGUACGGGGACUACCUCGAGCUUCUCCAGGAGCUCAACGCCAUGUUCUUCUGCUGCUCCAUCGGGCUGAUGGACGGGUACGGCGUGUGGGAGCACGCCGUGGUGUAUGAGGACGGCGACGGCGACUGGAUGCUCGUCGGCGACGUGCCAUGGGAGAUGUUCGUGUGCUCGUGCAAGAGGAUGAGGGUGAUGCGGGCGUGCGAGGCCAGAGGGCUGAGCUCCAACCUGUGACGCGGCACGCAGAGCUAGUAGCCGCCGACUUUGAGUACAUGUAGAUAUGAUCUGAGACAGACUUCGCAUGUCGCUUGAGCGGGUGACAGCCCUGCUGAAGGAGGAAGAUGACGACAUUCUGACCGAUGCCAUGCAAAUACGAUCGCGUACGGUUUGAAGAUCGACGGCAUGACAUUAGCUGGGAAUAAAAUGCUGGUUGACUUCGAUAAAAAUAUAUGAUCGAUAUGAUCCUCCUCUUGUUGUUGCUUCUCACAUGAGGCUGAUGAUACGGUCUGACUUUGCGAGAAUCCCAUAUUUUAGUUGUAGCAGUAGCUCCAAUGCCUCAUCCUUACCUUCCUUCCAACUAGUUGCUUCGGCUGUAUGUCACAUGUACAUGGAUCAAGAGUUGCUGUACCUCCCAAUUUUUGCUGAAAUACGCUUAAGU